UCUUUGUCCAGGUGUGCCAAGCUGUGGCGUUGGAGAGCCAGGUCCAAGUAGAGCAGCCUCCCCGGUUAGGAGAAUGUUUGCAACGGACGAAGAGUAUGCUCGAGAGUUGGCAGAGAAGCUGGAAAACAAAGAGAUCGAAGCAAAUGAUGUAUCGGAGGAUCCACUCGCGGUGGCUGCUCAGAAAGAACAUCAGGAGCGGGCCGGAUGUGGUAACGAAGCAGGCAUCGCAGCUCAGCCACGAAUGGUUAUGGUUGACGACAUGAGGACACUUAACCCAAUAAGGAUUGCAGCUGAUCACGUGGCGACUGAUGGUAAUCGCAACGGGGGGCGGAAGAGAGCUGGUGGUCAUGAGGAUGCUCCUAGGCGUAAGAAGGUCAGGUUCUUGUCUGAAAUUGUCUCGUAGCCAGAGCCAGUGAUGAUCACACAUGACCCAACACCGGUGGAUCAUCACUGGCU